AUGGCUGAGAGAACACUGGAGCAGGGCACGGUCAGCAUCCCCAUGGAGGAGACCAAACUCCCUGGCGGCACGCCUCAGGAGGCGCCCCUGCUCACCCACCUGAAGAAAGUGGAGAACCACAUCACUGAGGCUCAGCGCUUCUCCCACCUCCCACGCCGCUCUGCUGUGGACCUGGAGUUCAAUGAGCUCUCCUACACUAUCCGAGAGGGUCCCUGGUGGAGGAGGAGAGGUUACAAAGCCCUCCUCAAGUGUCUGUCUGGAAGAUUCAACAGCAGAGAGCUGAUCGGCAUCAUGGGGCCUUCUGGAGCCGGGAAAUCCACUUUGAUGAAUAUUCUGGCGGGGUACAGGGAGACGGGCAUGAAGGGUCAGAUCCUGGUGAACGGCCGACCGAGGGACCUGAGGACCUUCAGGAAGAUGUCCUGCUACAUCAUGCAGGAUGACAUGCUGCUGCCACACCUCACUACGAGGGAGGCCAUGAUGGUUUCUGCCAAUCUGAAACUGAAUGAGAGCGUUCAGGUCAAAAAAGAACUUGUGGAUGAGAUCUUGACCGCUCUGGGCCUUCUGGACUGCGCUCAGACACGCACUAACUCUCUCUCUGGGGGCCAGUGUAAAAGACUGGCCAUCGCCCUCGAGCUGGUCAACAAUCCUCCUGUCAUGUUCUUUGAUGAGCCCACCAGUGGCCUGGACAGCGCAUCCUGCUUCCAGGUCGUUUCCCUCAUGAAGUCUCUGGCUCAGGGAGGACGGACAAUCAUCUGCACCAUUCAUCAACCUAGUGCCAAGCUCUUUGAGAUGUUUGAUAAGCUGUACAUCCUCAGUCAGGGUCAGUGCAUAUACAAGGGCACAGUCCCUUACCUCAUCCCUUAUCUGAAGAAUCUGGGCCUCCACUGCCCGACGUAUCACAAUCCUGCUGACUUCAUCAUUGAGGUGGCGUCAGGAGAGUACGGAGACUUGAAUCCAGUGCUGUUUGAGGCAGUUCAGGGUGGACUGUGCUCCGAGGCGGGCAAAAAGAAUUCCAGAGACAAGAGCGACCCUUCCUGUCACUCUCAGUGUCACAGUGAAACAGGAACCCUUGAGAAACAUAGCUUUGCCACCAGUUCAUUCACACAGUUCUGCAUCCUCUUCAAAAGAACCUUCAUCACAAUAUGCAGGGACACGGUGCUGACCCACCUCAGGGUGAUGUCCCAUCUGUGUAUUGGAGUACUGAUUGGCCUGCUUUAUCUCAAAAUCGGAAAUGAUGCCAGCAAGGUCUUCAAUAACACUGGCUUCCUCUUCUUCUCCAUGCUGUUCCUCAUGUUUGCUGCCCUCAUGCCCACUGUUGUAACCUUUCCUCUAGAGAUGUCCGUGUUCAUGAGGGAACAUCUCAACUACUGGUACAGCCUCAAGGCCUACUACCUGGCCAAAACCAUGGCUGAUGUACCAUUCCAGGUGCUUUGUCCAAUCAUGUACUGUAGUAUAGUCUACUGGAUGACUGAACAGCCCCCAGAGGCAGGUCGCUACCUGCUUUUCAUGGCCUUGUCCACAUCCACGGCCCUGGUAGCCCAGUCACUGGGUCUGCUUAUAGGGGCUGCAUCCACGUCCCUGCAGGUGGCGACCUUUGUGGGUCCAGUCACAGCCAUACCUGUGCUCCUCUUCUCUGGCUUCUUCGUUAAUUUUGACACCAUUCCCAAAUACCUACAGUGGAGCUCUUAUGUCUCAUAUGUCAGGUAUGGCUUUGAAGGGGUGAUACUCUCUAUCUAUGGGAUGAACCGGUCAGAGCUGGAGUGUCCGGGUCCGACGUGUAAGUUCCAAAAGCCAGAGGAGGUCCUGCAGCUGCUGGAUGUGGAGGAUGCAAAGCUCUAUGUGGAUUUCAUGGUGCUGGGGGUUUUCUUCCUGGUGCUCAGACUGGCCACUUACCUGGUCCUGCGCUACAAAGUCAAGUCAGAGCGUUAGGACGUCCACAGGCAACCACUGAUGGAUUUAGACUCUCGUACAUAUCCUGGCAGUGCGAGAUCAUAAGCAAACAUAUAGCCUCUCAUUCUCUGUCUCUAUUUCACAUACAUGUACAGACAUACACAAAUCCAGCACAUAAAAUCAUUGGGAAGCUGAGCUGCACCAUUACCCAAACUGUACAGUACAAUAUUAUCUUUGAAAUGGUUUGUUAUUCAAGAAAAAGGAAAGUUUAGACUACGGAGUGUCGUGUACCCACCUUCCCAUUAUUAGUUGUCCUCCAGGUGAUAGUAUUUCUAAGAUGACCAUUACUGUGUACCUGCACCAUACAUGAACAAAAUACCCAACAAAGUUACAGAAAGCAUGUUUAUUUUAACCAAGAAACUGAGAUGUGUACUUCUUUGUCCACUUCUGGAAAGUACACCUCUGUGUUAACGGGAAGCCAUAGUUGCCAUAUUGGUGCAGGAGUGCCCAAGUACUUGUUGCCUCUCAAUCCAAUACCUAAAAAGGUAAUCCAAGAUCCACAUUAGAAGCCCGUUAAUUGAUUAUUGAGCAGCACCCAUCACGAUGUCCAGAUUUCAAGAUGGAUUCAUUCUUAUUGCCAUCAGGGAAAGUGGAAACUUUCAGUGCCAGAACUUUUGGCAGCCUCUUGCUCUCCUGUAGGAUCAUUUCAUCAGGUAUCCUUACUAAGACCCAGAACACGAUGGCUUUUCUGUCUGGAAUACAUUCCUAACAAACCAACUGCAACUGGAUGACUUUCCUCAUUUUCCAUCUCCGAUGUGGAUAAUUUUCAUGGCCAUUAUAGGCCAACCAUUGACGGCAGUAGAACAUUUAGACAUGGAUGAAGUGUUUGUAAAAAUGUCAAUGACUUGCUCCUUAUUGUUUCUGCCAUAAACGAGGAAGCAUUCAGUGAACUGUGAAAAUACUUUUGAGCAAAAUGUGAAAGCAAGCAUGAAAGCUGUUUCCAGCCUGAUGCGGAGGGCUGUCCUAAUCAUACUGGUGGCUAAGAGAAAAUGGUG